AUGCAACCAAAAAAAACAAAAACUAUGGACAGGAGAAGUCAGUUGCCUGAUGAGCUUCUCUUGACGAUACUGUCGUUUCUGCCAAUGACAGAUGUUGUGGGCACUAGGGUUUUGUCACAACGGUGGAAAUUUCUCUGGGAGAUGGUGCCAAGGCUCUCAUACGAUUAUUACAAGCAAAACCUUUCCCACGAAGAGUUUCUGCGUUUUGUAGACAGGUCUUUGUUCCUUCACGAUGCUCCUGUUAUAGAAGCUUUGCAUUUCAAACUCGGUGGCGUUCCUGAUAGUAAAGAUAUCCGAGUGUGGAUUAGAGCUGCAGAGGAACUCGCUGUGCGUGAGCUGAUUAUCAAGAUUGUUACUUGUAGAAGACGAGUGGAACUUCCUAGGAGCUUGUAUAGAAGCUGCAGAAUGCUCGUGACCUUGAAACUAAGUAACGUGGUUCUUGUGGAUGAUGUAGCUUCUCCGGUUUCUUUCCCAUCCCUUAAAAAACUGAGUCUUAAAUCCAUCAAGUACCCUAAUGAUGUGUUUGUCGACAAGCUUUUAUCCGGUUGUCCUGUUCUUCAAGACUUGGUUGUGGAGAAAUGUCCAGGUGACAAUGUCCCCAUUCUGAGCGUUAGAAUUCUUCACCUAAAGAGUUUAGCCUUGAGUACAUCAGAAGACAGAGCUAAAGCCAAGCCACAUGGGUUUGAAGCUUAUCCUGUUGGUAGUGUCUUCCACCGUCUAGUACAUUUAAAGAUAUGCACAUGUCAGUCAGAAUGGUUGAAUCUACGUAUGCGUGUGCUCAGUGACUCCCCUAAUUUAAGAUCUCUCAAACUCGAACCGUGCCACAGAAUGGUUAAUCAGCAGCGCCCCUGCUGGAGUGAACCGAGCUCAGUUCCCGAAUGCGUGUUAUCGAGUCUUAAAACUUUCGAAUGGGUUCUUUAUGAAGGAAGAGAAGAAGAGAAAGAAGUAGUAGCCUUCAUCUUAAGAAGCGCAAGCUGUUUAGAGAACGUAACUGUAACCUUUAGCUCCGACCACCGGCGCAGCGAGAAAUUUAAGAUGAUCAAGGAGUUAUCGUUUUUGCCAAGGCGUUCCCCUACCUGUCGGAUUACGUUUGACGGAAGUUACAGUUUCAGCUCUGAGGGAGAGAAGAAGACUUGUUCAAUAUUGCCUGAUGAGCUUCUCUUGAAAAUAUUGUCAUUACGUCCCAAUGCUAAGGAUUUUGUGGCCACAAUGGUUUUGUCCAAACGUUGGAAGUUUCUUUGGAUGUUUAUGCCAAGACUCGUCUACGACGAUAGCUAUCAGAACCUCGAGCAUGGAAGGUUUUCGCUGCUUGUAGACAGAUCUUUAUCUCUACACAAGGGUCCAGUUAUAGAAUAUUUGCAUUUCAAACUUGGUAAAAUAUAUGGUACUGGAGAUAUCGAAGCGUGGAUAAUAAGAGCUGCGGAGAAACACUGUGUCCAUGAGCUGAUCAUUGAGAUUGAUAAUAAAUCUUCUGGUAAUAAGGCUCCAGUCACACUUCCGGGGAGCUUGUUCACAUGCUUUCGAACGCUUACGACCUUGAAGCUAGCCAACGCGGUUCUCAUGGAUGUUAAUUCUCCAAUUUCUUUCCCAUCUCUCAAGAAACUGAGUCUUAAAUGCGUGAAGCAUGGAGGUGAGGCAUUUGUCAAAAAUCUUUUCUCUGGUUGUCCUGUUCUUGAAGACUUGUUUAUGGAGCAAUGUGAAGAUGACAGUGUGACCAUUUUGAGCGUUAGAGUGCCUUCCCUAAAGAGAUUAGUUUUGUAUAGAAUCGAAACCAUUUUUAAGAUCAAGUCUCAAGGGUUUGUGAUAGAUGCUCCUUCUUUGGAGUUCUUGGACAUCUUCCACACGUCUGGGUAUUGUGUCAUUGAGUCUAGUAUGACUCAGGUUGUGGAAGCAAAUAUCGUCAUUAAUAUUUGGCAACCUUGGAAGAAGUUGAGUUCUAUUACUUCAUUCAAGCGCUUUUAUCUCUGUGUACCAUUCUCAAAGGAUGUGUAUCCUACUGGUAGUGUCUUCUGCAGUCUUCUACGUUUAACGUUAUGCUCAUGUGAGACACAGUGGUUGAAUCUACUUAUGGGCGUGCUCAAAGAUUGCCCUAAGUUACGAGCUCUCAAAUUCAAUCAGUGCCAUAGUCUUCGAACUAGCGACCCGCGCCCGAUCUGGAACCCGUUGUGGAAUGAAAAGAGUUCAGUUCCUGAAUGUCUGUUAUCCAGUCUUGAAACUUUCGAAUGGGUGUGUUAUGAAGGAACAGAAGAAGAGAAAGAAGCAGUAGCGUUUAUCAUUAGAAACGCCAAGUGUUUGAAGAAGGCAACUAUUAAGAUCUCCUCUAAAGCUACUGAGAGUGACAAGAAACUUGAGGUGAUCAAGGAGUUGUUCUCGUCAACGAGGGUUUCACCAGCAUGUCAGCUUGCACUCAGCUGA